GGUAGUCCCUGGCUCAGGCCUAGGGGCGGAUCCUGGAGCUUCCUCCCUCCAGAUCGAAGAGUGCGGCUGCUGCAGAGGGGGCUGAUGCAGCCCAGCAUGGCUGUUAUCUACAGGAGGAGAGCCCCUGUGGUCUGAAGAGAUGCCACUGCCUGGAGACUGGAGUCUUAACCUCUAGCGUGGCACUGAGCCACCUGCAACCUAGCAGGAGGUUACCCUGGCUCCCAGCCUGACUCAGCUGAACCUGAAUCCUAUGCGUAGGCAAGAGCUGACUGUGAGCCCUGGCCCAGCCAAGCUGACCCUUACACUAGACCCUAAUACACCAGAUGGAGCUGAUCCUGAGUACCAGCCCAGCUGAGCUGACUCUGGAUCCUACCUGCCAGCCAGAGCUGACCCUGAAAUCCAGCCUGACCAAGCUAACCCUGGAUCCUACGUGCCAGCGAGAGCUGCCUCUGGAUUCCACAUGCCAUCCAAAGAUGACCUUCAGUCCUAGUGCAGCUGAGCUUACUCUGGAUCCUGAACACCAGCCAGAGAAGACCCUAGCUCCUAGCCUAGCUGAGUUGACCCUGGAGCCUGUGCACCGCCGACCCGAGCUCCUGGAUGCUUGUGCUGACCUCAUCAAUGAUGAGUGGCCCCGCAGCCGUGCCUCCCGCCUGCACUCCCUGGGCCAGUCCUCAGAUGCCUUCCCCCUCUGCCUGAUGCUGCUGAGCCCCAACCCCACACCUGAAGCAGCACCCAUUGUGGUGGGCCAUGCCCGCCUGUCACGGGUGCUGAACCAGCCCCAGAGCCUCUUAGUGGAGACGGUGGUAGUGGCCCGGGCCCUGAGGGGCCGUGGCUUUGGCCGCCGCCUCAUGGAGGGCCUGGAGGUGUUUGCUCGGGCCCGGGGCUUCCGCAAGCUGCACCUCACCACCCAUGACCAGCUGCACUUCUAUACCCACCUGGGCUACCAGCUGGGUGAGCCUGUGCAGGGCCUGGUCUUCACCAGCAGACAGCUGCCUGCCACCCUGCUUAAUUUCUUCCCCAUGGCCCUCUCUCCCCGGCUACCCUGGAAGGCCCCAAACCUAACUGUCCAAGCUGCCCCAAGGGGUCCCAAAGGGCCUCCAUUGCCACCACCCCCUCCCCUACCUGAGUGCCUGACCACCUCACCCCCAGCUCCAUCAGGGCCCCCUCCAAAAAGCCUGCUGGAGACACAAUACCAAAACAUGAGAGGGUGCCCCAUAUUCUGGAUGGAAAAAGACAUCUGAGGCCAUCCAGGGCAAGGAGUUGUCUUUUUGGGUCAAUAGACUGCCCUGGACAGUCUACCAGCCUCAUCCACCAACCAUACCUCAGCUGCUAGCCCCUGCAGGGGCAGCUUUAGCCUGAGCAGUGGGGCCAGGAGGUGGAGCUGGCUCAGAGCCAUCAGUUUGGCUGAAUAAAGGCUCUGUUGGGUGUGGCUGUGA